AUGCCGAUCCAUCGGGGCUGGCAGCCGGCGGACGGGCACACGCCCUCAUGCUGUUACUUCACAGACUCGAACCACCGGCGUUUACAGCCCAAUGAAAAUCGCUCCCUGGGUUCAAACCCCCCCGAUGCCGACCUGUGUGUAACCGAACCAGAACACCUUCACUCGGAUUCCGACCGGGGAGACGGGAGCGUGAAGUACGUCCUCACCGGGGACGGGGCCGGGUCCCUCUUCAGGAUCGACGAGAAGUCCGGGGACAUCCACGCCACCAAGCGGCUGGACCGGGAGGAGAAGGCCUACUACAUCCUCCACGCCAAGGCCGUGAACCGCAUCACCAACGUGGCGCUGGAGGGCGAGUCCGAGUUCAUCAUCAAGAUCCACGACAUCAACGACAACGAGCCGCGCUUCACCAAGGACCCGUACCUGGCUCGAGUCCCGGAGAUGUCCGACAUCGGCACCUCAGUGAUUCAGGUGACGGCCAUCGACGCCGAUGACGCCACCUACGGGAACAGCGCCCGGGUGGUGUACAGCAUCCUGGAGGGGCAGCCAUACUUCUCCGUGGACCCGGAAACCGGCCUGAUCAAGACGGCUCUGCCCGACAUGGACCGAGAAGUCAAGGAGAACUACCAGGUGGUGAUCCAGGCCAAAGACAUGGCCGGUCAGAUGGGCGGCCUCUCAGGAACCACCACGGUCAGCAUCACGCUGUCCGACGUGAACGACAACCCGCCGCGCUUCACCAAGACCGUGUACGAGUUCCGGGUGCCCGAGUCCCUCGAGCUGGGCUCCACGGUGGGACUGAUCCGAGCCGUGGACGGAGACAUCGGCGAGAACGCGGCGAUGGACUACCGGGUCAUCGGGGUCGACGGGCCCGGCUGGUUCGACAUCGCCACCAACAGGAGCACACAGGACGGCAUGAUCGUGCUGAGGAAGCCGCUGGACUUCGAGAGGAAGCGUCAGUACAGCCUCCGGGUGCAGGUGGAGAACGUGCACAUCGACCCCCGCUUCUUCUCCAUGGGCCCGUUCAGGGACGAGGCCACCGUCAAGAUCGUGGUGGAGGACGUGGACGAGCCGCCGGUGUUCCAGCGGGUCAGCUACGUGAUGGAGGUCAAAGAGGACGCGGCCCGGAACACCAUCAUCGGCUCCGUCAGCGCCUCCGACCCCGACGACAAGAACAGCCUGGUCAGGUACUCCAUCGACCGGCGCACCGACAUGGACCGAGUGUUCAACGUGCACGCGGGGAACGGGUCGGUGUUCAUCCUCCGGGAGCUGGACCGGGAGGAGGACGCCUGGCACAACAUCUCCGUCAUCGCCACCGAGUUCAACAACCCACGACAGAUCAGUCGAGUUCCCGUCUUCAUCCGAGUUCUCGACGUGAACGACAACGCUCCAACGUUCGCUUCAAGCUACGAGACGUUUGUGUGCGAGAACGCAAAAGCCAAUCAGAGGAUCCAGACCGUGAGCGCCACCGACCCGGACGAGCCCCUCGGAGGUCACCGCUUCUCCUUCAGUCUCGCCCAGGAGGCUGCUGGGAAGGCCAACUUCUCUGUGCGUGAUAACAAAGACAACACGGCGUGGAUCCUCACGCGCAGGAACAACUACAACAGCGUCCAGAUGAGCAUCUACCACGUGCCGGUGGUGAUCUCCGACGGCGUGUUCCCGAUGCAGAGCAGCACGUGCACGCUCACCAUCCGGGUGUGCACGUGCGACCGCGAGGGAAACAUGAAGCUGUGCAACGCCGAGGCGCUCACGGCGAGGGCGGGACUCAGCACCGGGGCCCUGGUGGCCAUCCUGCUGUGUGUCAUCAUCCUGCUCAUGAUCGUGGUGCUGUUCGCCGCCCUGAGGAGACAGAGGAAGAAGGAGCCUCUGAUCAUCUCCAAGGAGGACGUCAGGGACAACGUGGUCAGCUACAACGAUGAGGGCGGCGGAGAGGAGGACACUCAGGCCUUUGAUAUCGGCACGCUGCGCAACCCGGAGGCCAUCGAGGACAGCAAGCAGCGGAGGGACAUCGUCCCCGAGACCUUCUACCCUCCGGUCCGCCGGCCGGUGCUGCCCCCCCCGGCCCGGGACAAUAACGGGGACGUGAGGGACUUCAUCAACCAGCGGCUCCAGGACAACGACGGCGACCCGACGGCGCCGCCGUACGACUCCCUGGCCACGUACGCCUACGAGGGGAACGGCUCGGUGGCCGAGUCCCUCAGCUCGCUGGAGUCGGUGACCACCGAGGGCGACCAGGACUACAACUACCUGAGCGAGUGGGGGCCGCGCUUUAAGAAGCUGGCGGACAUGUACGGGGGGGACGACAGCGACAGGGACUCCUAACGAGAGCCCGGAGAAACACACACGGUGAAAACUUUCCGGUUCUGGUGCAAGUGUGGUGUGAAGAGCGGCGGCGCGGGGUGGGGGGAAUCGAACCCUGUCCGUCCGGGAGCUCCUCCGCCGAACACCGACCACCUUCCAGUCGUCCCCUCGGUGACCUCACGUAGACUUUGUGUGUCCAGUCAGUGUUAGUUGCGUCCUUGCGAGGGAACAGUGAAGAGACUUUGUGUCGGGACUUUUUUCUCUGUGUGUAUAUGGGGGGUGUACAUGAGGCCCAAAUAUAUCUAUACCGACAUUUUCUUU